GUCACGGGCGGACGAGUGCGCCUGCGCGCGCGUGCGCGGAGGCGCGGGGCGUGGCUCACGGGCAGUCCCGCCCAGGCCUGGCGUCUCCGCCCGCCCCAUCUCCCAACCUCCUCAGCGUGGCGCCGACGCUGCGUGCGGCGCGGACUACCCAGAGUACUCCGCGCGGGGGCAGCUCACUGGAGUUUGGUUCUCGAGGCGGCGGCAGCGAGCGGCGGCGGCUCCGGCGGCUCCUCCUCCUCCUCCUUCGGUGGCGGCGGCGGCCCGGGACCGAGACCCGGCCCCGGCUCCCCUCUCCGCCACCCCGCGCGCCCCCAACCCCCCGGCGCCGCGGGGAACAUGCGGCUCCGGCUCCCGGAGGCCGGCGAGUGAGUGACCCCCGUCCCCCGCCUCAGCCCGCCCGCCCGCUGGCCCGGCCGCAACCCCCCGCCUCGCCCAGGCAAUGACAGCGGCUCCGGCGUCUCCGCAGCAGAUCAGGGACCGGCUGCUGCAGGCCAUCGACCCCCAGAGCAACGAGAGAGGCGUGAGGACACCUGAGAUACGGACCGAGAUGGACAGCUGGCACGGGUACUCAGAGCUCCCCUCUCCAGCCCCAGGGGUGUCUGCUGUUUCUGCACCAGAUCCGGAACAUGGUGGCGGUGCUGGAAGUCAUCUCCAGCCUGGAGAAAUACCCCAUUACCAAAGAGGCACUUGAGGAAACACGACUUGGGAAGCUUAUCAACGACGUCCGCAAGAAAACCAAGAACGAGGAGCUCGCCAAGCGGGCCAAGAAGCUGCUGCGGAGCUGGCAGAAGCUUAUCGAGCCGGCACACCAGCAUGAGGCGGCGCUGCGGGGGCUGGCGGGGGCCACCGGCUCUGCCAACGGGGGCGCACACAACUGCCGGCCGGAGGUGGGGGCGGCUGGCCCGCCCAGGAGCAUCCAUGACCUGAAGAGCCGCAAUGACCUCCAGAGGCUGCCCGGGCAACGGCUGGACAGGCUGGGCAGCCGCAAGCGCCGGGGUGACCAGCGUGACCUCGGCCACCCAGGGCCACCACCCAAGGUCUCCAAAGCUAGCCACGACCCCCUGGUCCCCAACUCAUCCCCCCUCCCCACCAACGGGAUCAGUGGGAGUCCAGAGAGCUUCACCGGCUCCCUGGAUGGCAGUGGGCCUGCAGGCCCAGAGGGCGGCCGCCUGGAGCGUGGCGAGAAUGACAAGCACAGUGGCAAGAUCCCCGUCAAUGCCGUGCGGCCGCACACCAGCUCCCCGGGCCUGGGCAAGCCCCCUGGACCCUGCUUGCAGCCAAAGGCUUCGGUGCUGCAGCAGCUGGACAGGGUGGACGAGACUCCGGGGCCUCCCCAUCCCAAGGGACCCCCUCGCUGCUCUUUCAGUCCUCGGAACUCACGGCAUGAGGGCUCCUUUGCCCGGCAGCAGAGCUUGUAUGCACCCAAGGGCUCUGUGCCCAGCCCCUCACCGCGGCCCCAGGCACUCGAUGCCACACAGGUGCCAUCACCGCUUCCACUGGCACAGCCAUCCACACCCCCUGUGCGGCGGCUCGAGCUGCUGCCCAGUGCGGAAAGCCCAGUACGCUGGCUUGAGCAGCCUGAGAGCCACCAGCGGUUGGCGGGGCCGGGCUGCAAGGUAGGGCUGUCCCCCACCGAGCCCCUCCUGUCCCGGGCAGGCUUUUCCCCAGACUCCUCCAAGGCGGACAGUGACGCUGCCUCCUCAGGGGGCUCGGACAGUAAAAAGAAGAAGAGGUACCGGCCUCGAGACUACACAGUUAACUUGGACGGGCAGGUGGCCGAGGCAGGCGUCAAGCCUGUCCGGUUAAAAGAGCGGAAGCUCACCUUUGACCCCAUGACGAGACAGAUCAAACCUCUGACCCAGAAAGAGCCAGUGCGGGCAGACAGCCCUGUGCACAUGGAGCAGCAGUCCAGGACAGAGCUGGACAAGCAGGAGGCCAAGGCCAGCCUCCAGAGCCCCUUCGAACAGACGAACUGGAAGGAGCUGUCACGCAACGAGAUCAUCCAGUCCUACCUGAGCCGGCAGAGUAGCCUGCUCUCAUCAUCGGGCGCGCAGACCCCGGGUGCUCACCACUUCAUGUCUGAGUACCUGAAGCAGGAGGAGAGCACCCGGCAAGGGGCCAGGCAGCUGCACGUGCUGGUGCCUCAAAGCCCGCCCACGGACCUCCCCGGUCUGACCCGGGAGGUCACACAGGACGAUCUCGACAGAAUCCAGGCCAGCCAGUGGCCGGGGGUGAACGGGUGUCAGGACACACAGGGUAACUGGUAUGACUGGACGCAGUGCAUAUCGCUCGAUCCGCACGGCGACGACGGGCGCCUGAACAUUCUGCCUUAUGUCUGCUUGGACUGACCGGCCUGUCAGCCACCAAGUGCAUUCCCAUCUUGCAGAAGCCGGGUGGGCGGGCAGGCAGGUGGGCAGGUGGCCGGGGCCCAGCUGCCUCCUGCGCUGGGAACUCGGGGAGUCCGGCCCGGGCGGGAGGGAGGGGGCGGGAGUCACGCGGUCUCUCUGCGCUCUUCCCUCAAAACUCCUUUUGUGAAAUGCUGCUACCAGUUUACUAACAAAAUUGCGAAGGAAGGACCGCGUGGAAGGAAGGACGGCAAAGUGAGUUCAGAACUCUAUAGCAAACCAGCUAUAAAAAGCGUUGGUCCCUCACCCCCGAAGGGUACUGGAAAGUAUCCGCACCCUGAAAGCUGGGGCCUCAGUUGCAGGCAGGCACAGAAAACCUGUGGGAGAGGUUACCUUUAACACAGCAACAGAAGCACGCAUCUCAUCUCUCUUGCAUUUUCUGUUCUUUAAUUUGGCCCUGAGUGUCUGAGACAGUGGGCCAUGCCACUGCCUCUGUUUGCUCCCUACCCAGCCACUGUCAGGCCAGUGUUGUCCAUCACGUGCCAGAAGCUUCUCAGCUGUGGUGAGCCACUGGCAUUGGGCAGGCGGGCCAGCUGGCCAGCCAGUGUGACCCACACUCCAUGGACAGCCACCCGUUUAUAUCUGGUUUCAGUUAUAACUCAGUUUUUAAAGAAAUGCUACAAAAAUUUAAGUUUUCUCAUGUUUAUUUUAACAAUUCCUCUUCCAUCAGACCACCAGACAAAAAAACCUUUCCUUUCUUCCUCCCUUUCCUUUUUUCCCUUCCUGUACACAUCUAGAAAACUUCACCUUUCUAGAGUCCCCCAAAAACAACACAAAAGUUACUGUGGGUGCUACUGGUUUUACGCUGUACUGUGGGGCGAGGGGGAAGACCUGUCUGUACGCUGGAAACACUCAUAACCAUUCCUUUAGAUUCGUUUGCCUUAUGGUUAUUUGUCAUAAACGCGAUUUGCAAAAACAAGGAGCCUUAGUGAAUGUACAGUACCUAGACUUCUGUGUUCUCAGGACGCAGAAGGGAGCAACUUUGCUAUUUGGUCCAGUAAGUGGACACCUUGUGAUAUAAAUGUGGAAAUAAAAAAAAAAAAAAAAAACAUUUGCACAAACCAGUUUGAGAAUCUUUUCUCAUUUGGACCUUCACAACCAAAUCAGCCCUUUCCUGGAUUGUGGAUGAGCCAGGAAGACCCAGACCCCAACAGCUGCAAUGCAGGGAGACAGGGCAGGGCACAGCCUUGAAGUCCACCUGUUAGCCUGUUGCUGCAUUUGGGAGGACCUCCACAUUUUAUUCAUUCAGGGCCACGUUAAGGAAUGUUAUCUUGUCUCACCCAGACUUUACCUGGCCUAGAGAGCAGCCCUCUGUAGGAGGCUCCAUAGCACAGGUCUCAGUGACUACCCCCACCUCAACAAAAUACCUAGUUCUUACAAGGUAUGGCCCAGAGGCUUAGAGCUGUGUGUGUGUCUGAAAGGCCACCCCAUGGCCCUGGCCCCCGGCUGACUUACUAGCUGGUUGGUGCUGACUCCAAAAAAAUUUUUCUCCCUUGACUAUAAAGUGAUCAUCUUUUAGUUCCCCCUCGUCCCUGAAACUGUAGGCUAAGACUUUGGUUUUCUAGUUUUUCACUUUGGAAUAGGUCAUCUUAUCCAUAUCUGCUUAAUUUCACACAUGAAGAAACAGCUAUACCUUAAGACAUGCAGUCUCACAGGGCAAACCAAGGGUUCCUUCCAGCCUGUAAGGCUACAGUCAGUCCAGAGCCAGUUUCAGAGCUAGCAGGGAUUCCUGGCAAAAGCUUGGUGCAGAACACACUCCCCUCCCCAACAAAAGGCCAUGGGCAAAGUGGCUCUGAGGGCAGGAUGAGGUUGAACCCAGGCCUGCCACCCACCAGCUGUGUGGCUCUGAGCUCAUCUCUUCAUUCCUGGUCACAUGUCCCAAUUUUGGGGGGUGAAAAUACCCCAGAGUUGUGAGAACUAAAACACAAAGCAUGUCAGUGUGUCAGUGGAAGUAUCUGACACUCAGCUGUGCUGUAGGGUGCCUAUAGUUAUGCUUUCUUAAGUUCACUGUGCCUGUGUUUAACAGCUCUGCUGAUACGUGGUGUCCCAAGGAUGUGACUUUACUCUGAUACACAGAGGGUACAGCUGGAGGAUAUUAGGGUGCAGAGCUUGGCCUCCUAUCAGCAUCUCUAGAGUUUUGGAACAGGCUGCAGCUCCCCCCUACCCCUGCCUGUGUCCAUGUAUCCAGGAGGGCCUAGGGCCUUUUAGAAUGCAAGGAUAAGCUAAGAUACCUUCCAAUAUUUGGGGAGCCAAGUUGGGUUGCUGCUUUCUACUUUUCUUUGAGACUGGGUCUCGCUCUGUCACCCAGGCUGGAGUGCAGUGGUGCCAUCAUAGCUCACUGGAACCUUGACCUGGGCUCAAGCCGAUCCUCCCACCUCAGCCUCCCUAGUAGUGGGGACCACAGGCGUGCGCCACCAUGCCUGGCUAAUUUUUGUAUUUUUUGCAAAGAUGAGGUUUUGCCAUGUUGUCCAUGCCAUGAUCUCCAACUCCUGAGCUCAAGCAAUCCGCCCACCUUGGCCUCCCAAAGUGCUGGGAUUCCAAGUUUGACUCACUGCAGCCAGCCGGUUGCUGCUUUCUAAUUUGACAAGUAAAAACACUGUAACGGAAUUUUAACACCCUUUCCCCGAAAAAGUUGGACGCACACAAUUUGGAGAACAAAUUAUAGUCCUUGAAUUAGUAUAAGAUCAUCUUACUGAAAACCUCGUCUUGUUUUCCUCCACUGGGGCCCCCUGGGGCUGGUCCAUCCCGGCUGGUUCUUGGACAUCAGCCGUCAGGGCCCGGCACCUCCCCCUCCUGCAGAGCCUUGAAGACAGGUGUCCAAGGACGCUGCCAUGACCACGGUCCCCAGAGUGGCCAGGAAGCCUAAGACAAGUCGCUUCCCCAUUCUGGACUUCGGUCUGUGAAAUGGGGACAGUGAUACCUACCGCACCGCGUUCCUAGGAUUCAGUGGGAUGAUACCAGGGCCAGGCCCGAGAACUGCGCACGUCGCGGUGGUUUCCAGAACAUGAUUCCAGGGAU